UUCUAAACAUGCAUCACUAUGAAGAAUUCAACGAAACCUAAACUGAUCUGAAUCCAAUUAGGUAGGACUAAAAAACCGCAAAAAUCUGUGAACUAGUAUUUAAUACGGCUACGCUCUUAAAAUUUGAACUCAAGACUUCUGAUUAAGUUAAUACAAUUCCCAUUAGUUAAACCAAGAUCUCGGUGUUUUCAAAUAUAAUUUUUUUCUGCAGUGAAGAGAACAAAUGAAAAGGCCCUGCCAACCCUCACCUCAUUUUCAAUUUCCUUGUAAACGGUAAGACGUAAUAAGUGAUGAUAAUGGAGAAUGAGGUUGCAGUUUGCAUUUCCUUUUCAUACUAUAAGCACAGCCCACCACCACUUCUUCCCACCACCUAUAGGUAAGCAAGCCCCAUACCUACUUUUCCUUUCUCAGGCCUUCUCUUUUCCUUAAAGCACAUAUCUCUGUUUCUCUCUCUUCCUCCUUGUGCUGCUUCUGUCCCAGAAAAAAUGCCAGGUUGUUGUGAGAUUUGUUGUUGAGUAUUAUUCUAAUUGAACUUCACUUGCUCCAUACGUACUCCUUAAAUUAUUCCCUUGCUAUCCAAAUCCUUAUAUGGGAUAUUCUCCAAAACGCAUGUAAAACAUUCCAGUGUGAUCUUACUUGUAUCAAUGAGGGUGUUAUGGGAUUAAACAUCUCCAUCCAAUUACCUGUUUCCUCUGUUAGAAUCUGCAGGUAAAACCCUCAAACAGAGAAAGAAACAUUGAAGGUAGUUUCAUCAUGCCAUUUGGGUUGGUCUCAGCCUGGAACAAGCGUCGCAGAAGCAAGUCUCAAGACCAUACAGACCCCUGGAUUUACAAACCUCUGGAGUUUUGGCAACUUGAAGAACAAGCAACCCGGCCCACAAAAAGGCAGCAUGGGUCAUCAGUAUACACACUCAAGGAGAUGGAAGAGGCAACAGGAUCAUUCAGUGAUGAUAAUCUGCUCGGAAAGGGAGGAUUUGGCAGAGUGUACAGAGGCGCUUUGCGUUCUGGAGAGGUUGUAGCAAUCAAGAAAAUGGAUCUGCCAGCAAUUAAAGAAGCAGAAGGAGAGCGAGAGUUCCGUGUUGAAGUUGACAUCUUGAGUAGACUUGACCACCCGAAUCUUGUUUCUCUAAUAGGCUAUUGCGCUGAUGGAAAGCACCGGUUCCUGGUGUAUGAAUAUAUGCAUAACGGGAACCUGCAAGAUCAUUUGAAUGGAAUUGGGCAGAGAAAAAUGGAUUGGCCUCAAAGACUCAAAGUGGCACUGGGAGCAGCAAGAGGUUUAGCAUAUCUCCAUUCAAGUUCUGCUGUUGGAAUUCCUAUUGUUCACAGAGACUUCAAAUCCACCAAUGUUCUCUUAAAUGCCAAUUUUGAACCCAAGAUAUCUGAUUUUGGGCUAGCUAAGUUAAUGCCAGAGGGACAGGAGACACACGUGACCGCCAGAGUGCUUGGGACAUUUGGUUACUUUGACCCUGAGUAUACAUCGAUAAGUCAGGUUAACAGUUCCCCUCUAGCAUGGGCAAGGGAAGACGUUCCCAUUCACUCAAUCUUUUGCCUUUGUAAUUAUUACUCAACAAUUUUUUUUGUAGCCGACCCCAUCUAGUGGGAUAAGGCUUGUUGUUGUUAUAAAGUAGGGGCACAGAGAAAUUUUAUACCCACAAAAUCUCUAAUUUAUGAGUCUUUUUACCAAGUAGGUUAUCUUUGUAAUGGUGUUUUCAAUUCGUAGGAAAUAGUCAGUUUGAAUGACGAGCUUAAAUAUGUCUCACUCAACACAUCAGUUUGGACUAAACAAAAUCACGUCUAAGCAACGAGGACCUUAUGUAUCUUGUUUGUAGACGAUCUUGAAACCAAGUUGCUUUGUUCAUUUCUCUUUUUACAUUACAAGUGCCCCUCCAAUGCCAUCGAUUCAGACCUUAGAUGGAUAAAAUAAUAAUAAAAGCCUUCAAUAAAGGUUUGUGGAAAAUCCCCUUGUUUCAGAGACUCAGAGUGAAAAGAGACAAUUUUCAGAACCUUUUUAAAUAGCUCAAGAUUUUACGUCAAAGGUUUUUAGGCAUGUUAUCAAAACUUGGCUGAUCAUUGAUUAAGUAGUUCACAGUACACAACCAAAAUCUAAUAAUCAAGAUUCCAGUUUAAAGUUUCAUGCAGUUGUUGUGAUGCUUGAAUAUGAGCUUCAUUGAACACAAUCCAAAUAAGUGGCGCGACGACAAGUGGUACCUUUUAUCACGUAAUGGUAGUAAACUUGACAUUACCUAUCUAUUUCUUUUUCUCUCAAUGAAACAUAACAUUGCCCUAUCACUCAAAAGCCUACAUGUCCAGGGACAAUGAAGCAGUAUUGUGUCCAGAUAUUGCCACCCAAGAUUUGACAGCAUCUAACAAUUAAUUUAUUUCCUUUGA